CCCCCACAUAAGGUGAGGCUGAGAGAGAGAUAAACACACCAUUCCCUUCUUCUUCCUCACACUUGCACACACCUCACUCCCCCCUCUGUUCAUCCCCUUUCUGCAAAUCGAUCGAUCUAAGAGUUUUCUGGUUCGGGAAAUCCUUUUUUGCGUUUUCAAUUUUAAAAACAGGGUCUUUUUCUUUUCUUUGGCAGCAAAUCUUUAAGAUUUUCUUUGCUUUCCUUUGUUUAAUUUCUCUGUCAGAGACAUCGUCGAGGGCUUAUUAGUCGUCCCUCAAACCGGUUCUUUGUUCGAAAUUGUCUAAUUUCAUCCCUGUUUUAAUUUGUGUAUAUCUUUUAUUUAUCCCUGAUCUUGAUCUUUCCCGCCCUGUUCUUUGAUUUUUGUUAAGAAACAGGUGGACUUUAAUUUCUUUGUUUUUUAAAUCUUUAUAAUUUUAGAGUUUGGGUCUUUUUUUACUCAUGGCAGCUUCAAUGUGGCGUAGUAAUUCCGCUGUUGAUGAUCAUCUGUACGGAGGCGGCGGCGAGCUCAUGGAAGCGCUUGGGCCUUUUAUGAUCAAGACUGCUUCUUCCCCUGUUCCUCCCCUUCCGUCGCAGGCGCCGCUGGUGCCUCCUCCUCCCCCAUCUUCUUCUCUUUUUCUGUCUCAAAGCUCCCAAUUUUACCCUCCCUCGUCCUUCUCUUUCUCCUCUCCCUCCAUUUCCUACCACCCGUACGUUUCUUGCGUGGACUUGUACCCUCAGACCGACGGCUGCUCCACCUCCGGCGCCGAAAUGUUCUCAGGGGAAAUUUCCGGUUUGGGGUUCGAGCAGCCGGGCAGUAUUGGGCUGAACCAGUUGACGACAGCUCAGAUUCAGCAGAUCCAAGCUCAGAUCAGUCAACAGAACCAUGCGCAGCAAAUGAUGACUCAUUCUGGCCCGUUUCAAACUCAAUGGUCCAAUCAUGAGGCCCACAACCUCAGCCUUUUGGGCCCCAAGCCCGUGCCAAUGAAGCAGCAGCCCACCAAGCUGUACAGGGGGGUGCGGCAGCGCCACUGGGGGAAAUGGGUCGCCGAGAUCCGGCUGCCCAAGAACCGUGCCCGGCUCUGGCUAGGAACCUUCGAGACGGCGGAGGAAGCCGCCAUGGCCUACGACGAGGCGGCUUACCAGCUCAGAGGCGACUCGGCGCGGCUCAACUUCCCUAACCUCCGUAAAAACGGCGGCGACCUGGGAGAUUACAAGCCGCUCCAUUCUUCCGUGGACGCCAAGCUGCAAGCCAUUUGCAAGAAUAUGGCCGAGGGGAAGGGCAUUGACUCCAAAAAGUCGAAGAGAUCUUCAUCCAAGAAACAGCCGCAGCUCACGGUGAAGGAAGAGGCGGCGGCGGAGAAACAGGCAGUCGGCGACGGUGGUUAUGACAGUUACGGGUCAGGCGGGUCAUCCCCUGUUUCGGAUCUUACAUUUCCGGAGUUCACGGGAGAGGAAUCUUCUUGGGACAUGUCUUCGGAUUUACAGAAGUACCCCUCGCAUGAGAUUGACUGGGCAUCUCUUUAGUUUAAACUUUAAAGUCAUUUUAAUUUACAAAAAAUGCAAAAAAGAAAGAAAAAAAAGGAAAAAUGUUGACUUUAGUUAUGGUGUAAUUUAGUUAAAUCUUUAAAAUUAAGGCAGUUUAAUUUCUGUGUAAAUGGGGGCCGCUGCAAUGGAGUUUUUGGUAAUUGCAGCAAAGGCUAGCCCUAGGGGAUUAGUAUAUUAUUAAGCACCUGUAAUCUUGUUUCGUUGUAUUUACUUUUGUGUCAAUAUUUUCAUUAAUUGUUAUUACUCCUUCUGUCCCCCAAUUAGGUAACCACUUUCCAUUUUGAG